AGUCACGUCCAACUCGAAAGAUGUCCUUCCUGACACGAUACUGCUAUCGCUCGUAUCAUGCAUGAUCUUCAAGAAAAGGAUCCGUGCGGGCAGCUGCACGGUCAACAUUUUGUGAAGCACAAGCAUUUCCGCCAAGUAAAAACGAGUAUCUGCCCUAGAGACAAAAGAAUGCGAUACGGAUGUGAGGACCCAGCCAAACUAUGAAGGCAGUAAAAAGGUGAUCUGCAACAUCUGCGGAGUCUGAACCGUGCUGGUGUACUAAUCGACUGCUGGUGGUCCUCUACUUUCCCGCACCAUGGGGAACGCGUGCGCGUUCGAGAAGGACCCUCAGUCCUUCGAGGAGUUUGCACGCAGCAUCGACAACCCCGGCAACUCCACAACGUCAUGGCAGGAGUGCGCCGCGUAUCGGAUGUGGCGGUGGCGGGACGGCGAGCAGCCGGCCGCUGCAGGGGUUUCGUGCCUCGAUAUGGAUUGCAAAAAUGUCUGGAUCUGGAAGAUUAGAACUUGUCAUGCUAAAUCUAAAUGAUGCAAAAAUCUGUGUUGCGUGAGUGCCAAAAGCUGUCCGCGUUUGACCAAGUUGAGAGGGAGUUUCUCAUGCAGGAAAGGCAUGAUAGAGACCUCCAAGAAUCUGUCAUGCUGGGUCUCGCAUUCCAGACCUCAUGGGUCAUGGAAAACCUGCAUCACAAAUCUUGCAUUCUUCCAGACCCAGACAUUUUUACAUCUGAUACUCGACGCGAAGCAGCAGUUCGAAUUCAAUCCUGAAGACCUUCGCCGAGACGAAUGCUACGUGAUCAUGGAGGUAUGCGAUUGUGGCUUGGAAACGUUCAUCACAAAAAUGUACAUGAAAGUUAUAGAAAGGGACGACGUGAAGAGAAUGAUAUGAUGUCUACUGUAUGUCAAUGUGUAGCCCCAGCCUAAUCUCACACAAAAUGUUCAGUGUGUCGAAUCAAUCUGGUGCCACUUUCAUCGUCUCUACUAGGUAGUGUUCGGAAAAGUGCGGUCGUACAUGGAGAGCUCCAUAGCAGAUGAUGGCCCCUCCGGUGUUGUCUUUGUUGCCUGCGCCGUGCCGUCGGUCCUAAAUUAGGACCGAUGGGGCGCUGGCUCUAUAAAAUAAUACGCAUAUGGGAGGGACUAGAAGCAAAGAUGGUGCUUCAGCUCCGCACGUUCCCGCUCGUGCAUAGAUAAGAACACUACUGCAGCGACCUGUUGCUGUGUUUUGGGAUGAAUCAGAGUUGGACGUAGUAGCCUCCUCGGAGUUUCUCGUUGACCACCACAGUCGUGUCGCUCUCCAGCUUCCAACCUGCAGUAGGGUGAUUGGACGAAUCAGAAUUGAAGCUUCUCCUCCAGAUGUUCCCGUUCUCUAUAAAAUGCUGUUCUUAUCCCUCCUCUCCGUGCAUAGAUAAGAACACCAUUUUCAGGUCGUUACAAACAUGUUCUUAUCUAUGCACCAAAUGGAGGAUAAGAACAGCAUUUUUCGAGAGCGGGAACAUUUGGCGCAGAAGCUUCAAUUCUGCUUCGUGCCAAACACCAGCUUCAGGUCGUUACAAACAUGCUCUUAUCUAUGCAUGGCGUGGAGGAUAAGAACAGCAGAAAACGAGACCGGGAACAUCUGGCGCAGAAGCUCCAACUCUGCUUCGUGCCAAAACAUCAAUGCCAAAUGCCAGGUCGUUGCAGUAGGUGUUCUUAUCUAUCUUUUUGGAGCGUUUAAACGAAUACCAGGCGGGAAGCUUUUUGGGUCUUCUGCCAGUGCGUCCACCACGGCCGCGAAAGCGGUCCGGUGCCAACGGUGAGUGAUUGGGGCGGCGGGUGAGAGAUGGGGGCGCGCUUGAAGAGUUCCAAGAGGACUCGAGGGGCCUGCGCACCAAGUCCGCACGAGCCGGCUUGCGGCCUUUUUUGGGUCGCGAGUACGUCGGGCUCGGGGCCGCGGAAAAGAUGCCCGCCUGCGCCGGAUGGGUGUGUUGUGAGUGCCCGCGGGGCGCGUCGAUCUGCGCAGUGGGGGGGCCUCUUUAGUCUAUGUCUAGGCUCGCCGGGGUGCUAGCGUGCCAGCCUGUUGGUUUCUCUAGAGCGACGCCUGGGCCGCGUGCAAAAACCCACCAGGGGAGGCAACACCACUCCUACGCAGGCGCGACCAUAAAAGCUGCAGCGCCUGCGUUGGCGCAAGAAAAAGGGCAAAUCCCGACGGUAUGCUGCGAAUUUCUUUAGGGAUAAGAACAGUGCUGAAGAUCACCUAUUUCGUCUCUAUACAUCGUCUCUAGGUAGUGUUCGGAAAAGUGCGGUCGUACAUGGAGAGCUCCGUGGUGACGCGUAUUGAGCUCCCACCCGGUUUUGACGUGUCGCCGAUUUGCCGCGAUUUGUGGAAUUUCACGGCACCCACGUCGCCGCGCGCAGUGCAAGCUCCGACGAGAAAGCCGAUAUCGGGGGUUGGCGACGCACCCUUCAAGACCCCGGAGGGGGCGGGUUUUCCCGUACACGUGUUGGUGCCCAAGGUGCAAAACAUGGAGAAGGUUUUGCAAAGCCCCCGGGGAACCUCGCCGCCGCCAGACUCCGGCCGGCAGAUUCGUAGCGAUGUCAUGGUCACUUUUUUCCGAGUUAAGGGCGAUCGCGUGAAGAAUGAAGUCUUCCACAAGGCGCUGCGGCAAGUGAACGUUCUGCACCGGAAACUGGCGCACCAGAGAUCAAUUGGUCCGCUGCGGCGGAAUCUUGUUCUAGAUGUGGCGGUCCCCGUAGAUGCCGGGCCCUCUGCGGUUCCAACGCGUCUUGAGACUGCGUUCUCCGUCAUGAACGAUGUUCAGCAGAGUGGCAGAAGUACAAUUUUUUGUUGUAAUUCUAGUUUUUCUUUUUUCUUUCACCUGAACCACCUGCACCUCCAAUGUAGAUGACAAUACCACACUGAACAAAAAUAAAACACUUGUGGCAGCACCAACCCGUUGUGCGGGUGAUCGUUGAUGAAGAAUUCUCGUUUAUCCACAGAUAAUUUCGGCUACGUCACAACGCCGCGAUUUGAACUCGGUUCUCUUCUGCCCAGAGCAACUUCAUUUCGCGACGGGACUUCGGCAGACACCUGGAACCGUGCCGCAGCCGCCGCAAGCUCCUGGGCAACAGCGAACUCGGGUCGUCCCGGGCGGUCACAGGAUGCAAGUAACUACGACGAUGCCACUACGAUCAUGGGAAACAGAAGUUCCCAAAUGCAGCAGAAGGCACCUUCGAGCAGUAGCACGACCAGGAACUACCCAGCAAAGCCGGCAGCCGGUACUACCGCACCAGUGCCGCGCGUCAUGAAUUUCCAGAGUGGCGGCUCGACCGGGUCUUCGGCGAUUUUUUCGCCCGCGAGGCGCGUGUUGCAGCAGACUCCCCGUUUGUCGCUUCCGGGUAGUUAUGGAGAACUCUGCGUGCCUGCGCUGCUGCCCACAAGCGCGAAGCAAACCAACGUCGCAAGGCCGGCCGCCUCGACGGCCAAGCCCUCGGGUCUCGACGGACCGUUUUCGCGACCGCAGGCACUGCCAAAAUUUACUGGCGCGACGCAGGUGACACAGAUACCAUUGUUGGGGACGUCGGGCGGGGCGACAAGUCCAGACAAAAGCGUGGGACGGCCCCCAGUGCUCGGUCUGGGCGGUCGCUUCAGCAUUCCCAUGCCGAGACCGCAGUCCUUCCCUAUGAGCGCAGUGCUGCAAGCGACCCCGCUGGCCACUCCUCGCCUGCCACUGCAGCCAGGGCUCGGUGUGUUCACCACUCCGCGGGCGCAAUCGUUCCAUGCAGGGGCGGUCAAGCCACCACCCGCUGCUGCUGCAGGCCGGGCAAAUCAACAAGAUUCUGCGAGAGGACGGCCGCAGACCGCUACGCCCCGCUCUGCACGCGGAAAAGGCGCUGCUGGUAUGCAAGCUUUUGAAAAUCUUUGCUUUAACCAUGCGUACACCAGCUAUCCACCAUGGGGCCGCAUAAGUACACUUACUUGCGAUUCCAAUCUACAUAUAGUCGUUUGCAUGCUUGUGGUUGUGAUAUCAUCUCAUCCCCUUCCCCUCCCAAACCUGCUAUAGGUCAAACGCCGUCGGACCCGACGAAGAAGCUGGUUUCCCCCGCGGACCGCUACCGUCAGAACUUGGUGAAGCAGGCAGUGAUGUCGCGGGUGAGUCCACGCGAACAGGACGAGCAGAUCGUGGAGCACUCCACCCAAAUCGUGAUGAAGUCGCCCAACGUCCAGGUCCUCGCGGAGGACGCUGCGUCCCCCGAGCGGGCGCCCGGCGUGCUGAAACGAAGACGCGGCGAGCAGGUGGCGGCCACCGGCGAGGGGGAGGGCGUGACGCCGCCGACCCCGCGGGUGGUGCAACAGAGCCAACAACAGCAGCUGCAGUACGGCGCGGAGGCCGAGAACCAAAAAAUGCUCGAAAAAUACCGGCCGGAGUUGAGCGAGAUACCCUGCGACCUCGACGAUCCAUCGCUGGCGCGGUUGAAAGGAAGCUUCGUUUAUAUCGGGGCCUCGGAUGUCGCGAGAAACAAGACACAGCUUCUGAAUCAGGGGAUCACACACAUCGUCAACGCCGCCGCCGAAGUAACUGACAACUUGGAGGACUCGGACGACGACUCGCGUACUUCUUGAAUACAAACAUAGAUUUCGUUUUUUUUUUUGAAUCCGCAAGCAUUUCGACUUCAAGUGUAGUUGCUUUCGGUGGAACUGAAAAAUGUGGUAGGAAUAGAAAGACUUCUAUCCUGCUCUUACUACAGCUCAGAAAGCCCCGUCGCGGCACUUCGAGUACCUCACCUUUUACUUCAAGGACGGCCGCGCGGAGGAUAUCUCCAGUGGAUUCUUCAAGCUGCUGGAGUUUUGCGUGCAGGCCGCGGAUAUGAACUGCAAAAGUAGCGUAUUCGUAUAAAUGCACUACAAAUUUCGUCAGCAUGAGAGAUAAAAUUUGUAAUGCGGAUUUUCCUUAAGAAAAAAAUUGAUGCAUGAUUGCCAUACGAGUACGAUACUUUUGCACAGGAUAGCGGAAACGACCCGGAAAAAGCCGCGCAUCUUGUUCCACUGCGGCCAAGGUGUGAGCCGAAGUUGCACUCUGUGUUUGGUGUACCUGAUGCACCUGACCAAGAAGCCCGUCGGGGAGGUCCUCUCGCGCAUUCAGCAAACGCGCCCCAUUUGCCGCCCCAAUACCGGCUUCUACGUCCAGCUUCUGCUCUGGCAGAAGGAACUGGGGAUUCCGAACCCCAACUCAGAAAAACCUGGGGAAGCGGUACUAAUUUUGCAAUGUAUGACCCCCAUAAGUCACAGAGUCGAUGCUGAUGCAGGUCCUCGCCGUUCAAGCAAAUCCACACGAGUACAAAAAAGAAUAGAAAACCUCUAAGUCCCGAGGACGAUCUCCAACGUUACUUAAAUUUAUACAGGUAGUAGCCGAUCCGAAGCUUUGCAAGAUCAGGUGUCACCACGACCGGGACCCGUUUCUGGUUCUGUUCGCGGUCGAAUACCGCAAUGUGCCCUCGUUGUGGAUCGACCCGCGCUUCGAUUACGCGUGCUUUGACAGCAAGCGGAACAAGUUCUUGGUGUGGCGUGGGCCCGAGUCCGUGGUUCCGGAGCAGGAAGCCGAGAAACUCCUGUUGCAGGUCAGCGACUGCCGAAGGCGGUGGCUGCCACCCAACGAAAGACCCGUCAUCGAUUACUGCCGAGACCCGAACCCGUCCGAGGCCUUUUGGGGCAUUCUGCGGAGCGAAAACAAAGGCUCAGGGCAGGUAUUGGAAUUUCGGGUCCUGUUUCGUAUUUUUUCUGGAACUUGUAGGGCGAAAAGAUUCAAAUGUGAAUCAGGACGAGUUCUUUUACUUUGACAACUACGUGAACAACAUCUACUUCCGGUGAAUCGGUGACCAAGAAAUUUGCAGGUGCAAUCAAUACGGAGUAACGAUGACGACUACGAGCUGCUGGUCAAGACGUUUGGAGCCAAAAAUGAGACGCCGCGGACACCGAUGACCUCGCCAAGGACGCCCCCGUUGAACACCGAAGUUGUUACGUCAUCGAAGACAAAAUUGAAAAUCAAACCGCAGCUUUUCACGUACCUGUUUUUUCUGUUUGCGUGUAAAAGUAGCAGGACCAGGACUAGGAUCAAUCUAGAUGUACAAGCAACAGUGCAAAACCUCCUGUACUAGUACUUACGUGAAGCAACGUCCCAUUCCAGGUGCCCAAAUUGGGACGAUCCGAUGAGCAUGCCCGAUCCGGACGACCUCGACAGCGAAUUCGUGCAAUUGUUCUUUGCACCCGAUUCGGACGGGGAGCCGACGAUCUUCCUGUGGGUCGGCGCCUUAGCUCAUCCAGAUGACAAGGCAAAGGCAAACUCGGGGAAGUUUGCAGAAGACUUCUUGCAGAGCCAGGAGCUCGUGCGCAGUCAGGUUCGGAUCGCCGGGGUGGAAGUGGAAAAGCAGGAGUCUGACGAGUUCUGGGAAGUCUUCGACAGUGUGUGAUGAACAGUCGCGGUUACAAUUUUCCCUUGGGCUGCAGUCCCAGACUCGGUUCGCAUUCAGAAAUUCUUUUAGUCUACUACUCAACAAAGCAAACGCGUACCUACCAGGAUCAAGAUCUAUCGGCAGCUACGGCUACAACUGAAAU